AUGUAUGACAACAUCUCUGAUUUCACAAGAUAUGAUGACGCCCAUGACCCCGAACACCGUGAAGAAGAAGUUUUACAAACAUCCAUUAAGACAGGAAAGGUUUUAACUCAAAGUCUCAUUAUUGACACCAAAGAUGGCGAAGUGGACGUUCUUCAAGAGCUGAAGAAAAAUACUUCUUCGGGAGGUGGUGGUAGGCAUGAACUUGAAAUAAAUGAGAUAGAAGAGAAAUUAGCCGAAAAAGCAGAUAAAAACCAUGUUCAUUAUAUAAGUUCAGACGAACAGAUUAUAACGGAUUAUCAUGGAUAUUUAACACAGGAUGAAGAAGUGAAGACGGAAGAUGUUAAUGAAAGAAGAUAUAAAUUCAUUCGUGCUAAAGGUUAUGACAUAAGCUGUACUGUACAGUAUGACACAGGUAAAGCACCAGAAGCAUUUGGUUAUAACAAUGAAAUUUAUGCUUCAUACUUCUUUGUUAACGGUGUAUUAGUUGAACCAAAAUUUACUUUGAGAGUUAAGGCAAAAAUAACUUUUGAAGAUGCUAUUAAAAGUAAAGCCAGCAAAGAUGAACUUGACGCAACGAACAAAGUUUUGAAAUCUCAUAAACACAAUAUCUCCGAUAUAAAUGAACUUCAAGCUACAUUAAAUAGUAAAGCUGACAAAGAACAUACACAUAAAUCCUUCACUACUGUUAGAGCAGACGACAUAAUAUUGAACUAUACCCUUGGUUCAAGUGCACCUUUAGAGAAUCCAAGUACAAGCGUAAAAGAUACACUAAACUCCUUAAAUAGUAAAUGUAUGAACAUUGAAGGUCAUGUCAGAAACUUUGAAACACAUGAACUACCAGCAAU